AUGAUUGCUUUCUUAGCUGAAGUUAUUAAUUUGUUGGAUACACGUAUAGUUUUGAACCAUUAUUCAAAUAGUAGUUAUCUAGCACUUGAGUUUUUAUUAAAAUUUCUACUCACAGCUGUUCAAUGGUUAAAUAGCUGUGUUGCAACUGAACGUGCAGCAGCAGUUUUAUUCGGCAUUAAAUUCGACAAAGACAUCAGUCAAAAUGUUGCUAAAUACACAUCGUUGUUUAUUAUUCUGGUGAGUGUGACGUUAGCCAUUCAUGAUCCAUUACAUGGACAAGUAUUAGUUGAAGAUCGACGACCAUGA